AUGUGGCCCUGCGCGCCGAGUGCUUCCACGUCAGCUGCAGGAGGCAGCGGCGCCGCCGGGAGGAGCCAGGAAGGCGGGGAGGACCCGCUACGGCCCGCUACCGAAGCGACGAGACGGCGGCCGCGCAGCCUCAGCGCCCGUUUUCCGAGGCCGCAGCGGGGACCGCCAGCGAGGGGAAGCGACCCGGAGCCGCGGGAGGUUAGUAGUAGCGGGGAAAGGGAUGCCGGGGAGGCGCCGAGCGUCGGGGCCCGCCGAGUUUCCUGAGGGGCUUCAGCGUCGUCGUGAGGCGGAGAAGGACCUUCCCUGCCGUCUCCAGCCUCCCGCUGGAAGAACGUGCGCCCUCACGGGAGGCUCGGGCGCCAAAUCCCUCGACUGGGCCUAAUGCCGAGCGGACGCCGUCGCCGAGCCAAGAUGGGGGAGGCAGAAGGGCGCCUCUUUGUCACUCGGGGGUCGGUCAGGAGCCUCAGGUCGCGAGUCCGGCUCUGCCUUCCCAGGGCGGAGGAGCCGGCGGGGGGAGGCGGCGGGGGGAUUUCCCCCUGGAUUAAACGGGCGCAAGAGGGGCGCGUCGUUGCUGCUGGGUCGGUGGGCAGCGAGUGGUUUGGAAACACCCGGGUUCAGUUCUUUGCCAGGUAGCUUAGUCCGGAGAUAAAAAAAAAAAAAAAAACCGGGGGAACGGGAGAAGUUGGAAGUUUGAUUUCAACUUAAAAAAAGAGAAUCUUGGCCCCGAAAGCUGUUUCGUUGGCUCUGGUGUGCACAGGCGUCCUUCUUUGAGUGACUUAAGAAGUCAGGCAUAGGCAAACUCGGCCCUUCAGAUGUUUUGGGACUCCCAUCAUCCCUAGCUAACAGGGCCAGUGGUCAGGGAUGAUGGGAAUUGUAGUCUCAAAACAUCUGGAGGGGAGAGUUUGCCUAUGCCUGGGUCAGAUCAAGGACCUGCCCCUAGUCCAACAUCCUGUUUCUCCUGGUGUCCAGCUAGGUGCCUCUAGGAAGCCCACAAACAGGACAUGAGGGCACCAGCCCUCUCCGGUUGUGGUUUGCCAGGAGCUGGCAUUGAGCGGCACGCUGCCCUUGAACAUGGAGGUUCCAUUUGUUAGCCAUGGGUGAGAACUACUGAUUCACCUAUCCAUCAUGUACAUGUAUGUAGUUGUGAGUUUCACAGAAGAGGGUCUGUGUUUUUUGGAUAAAAAUAUGAGGACAAUUUUCUACAAUAACACUUGUGUGUGUUUGUUUUUAACUAUCUGACCCAGUGAUUUCACUUGUGGGAGUGAUUUGUUUUUUCACCAAUUGGUCACUCUAAGAAGAAGUCCUUUCCUUUUAAAAUUCUGAAUCCACUACCAAUCAAUUUCACUGAGUGAGUCUUUGUUAUAAGAGAAGGCAUAAAAAUAGAAAAGUUUCCAUUCUUUUUAUGCCAUGCAUAAUCUUAUAAGUCUCUGUUAUAUGCCACCGUAUUAAUUUCUUUUGUUUUUAAGUUUAAACCUAAUCUUGUAGAGAAAUUACUUAAAUUCCCUGAUAGCCUUGUUUCCCCUUUUCUGCACCUUUUCUAGCUCUGUGAGGACCACUUUUCAAGUGGGUGGGACGGGGGAUGACCAGAACCGAACACAGUAUUCUGGAGAUGACUACACUGUGGAUUUAUUGCACAGAUCACUUCGUCAUCAGUUUCUUACCUAAUAAUCCCUAGCAUGGAAUUCUCCCUUACUGAUGUGGUGCACAUAAUCAAUGUUUUCAUUAGCGAUUCACCAUGAUUUCAAGCUCCCCUGUCUGGUUGCUUCCCAUCAAUGUAUGCUGUAUUGGUGUAUAUGUGAAUCUAGAUUUUUUCACCUCCUAAUGUAUAUCACCUUAAAUCUAUUUACACUAAAUCUCAUUUGCCAUCUUGUGCAAAUGCAUUCACUGCAUUUGGAGAAGUUCUUUUGCUACACCUCAAAACUUGUUUGAGCUACCACCAUGUGGAAUCAUUUGGUGUCAACUGCAAACUUGGCUACUUUUCCUGCUAGCCCUGGUCUCCAGAUCGUUUAUGAUCAAAUAUCACAAUACAAAACCUUGGGUGUUUUCAUACUGCAUUUCAUUUUGAGAACAAUCUGUCCCUAUCCUGCACUUCCUAUUUUUGAAGGAGUUACCCAUCCGCAAGGGUACCUUUUCUCCAAUUCCAUGACUGCUAAGUUUAUGAGCUUUUAGUGAUGGACUUUGUCAAAAGGUUGUUUCCCCACUGGCUAUAACUUGGGGUUUGGCAUUUGACUGCUCAAUGAAUAAUGUCUCAGUGCGCAUGAACCCAUCAAAGGUUAAGCAUGAAUUUUAUUCUAGCACUGAAAUUUAUAAAGCACUUGGUACUUUAUUUUGCUGAUACAGUGUCCACUUAUUUUAGUGACUAUACAGCCAACUGUGUUUUCUUAGGCCCUUAUUGUGUAUGUAUUCUUUACUAGAAGGGUUUAUAUUAAUGUAGUUAAGCAUCUGGAAUGUCUAAAUAACAAUUGAGAACUGGAUAACUGGAUACUGUAUAUUGAUACUGCUUUUUUAAAAAACACUUUCUACUCUGUUGCAUUUUGUUCUGUUCUGUUGCAUUUUGGCUGCAAUCUCAUACACACCUGGAAGUACAGCCCUCUGAAUCUAAUGGGGCAGUAUUACUGCUGAAUAGACAUAUAUGGGACUGAAGCUUUGGUACAUGUGAGCGUUCUGUUGAGGUUAUUCUAGACUUGUAAAUCAGCCCACAAAAGUUACUAGCCUCAGCUGUAUGGCAUUCCUGGAUGACUGUGGCCAGCAGGAGAGUUGUUAAAUACAAGCAGGCAUAGGCAAACACGGCCCUCCAGAUGCUUUGGGACUACAACUCCCAUCAUCCCUAGCUAACAGGACCAGUGGUCGGGGAUGAUGGGAGUUGUAGUCCCAAAACAUCUGGAGGGCCGAGCUUGCCUAUGCCUGAAUACAAGGCUGCACUGUUCCCCUUGAAAUAUGCAAAUAUUUGCACAUUUGUUUCAUUAUUUUCAAUACAGUACAUUGUCCUGCAGGCCUCAGUACAGUAGACAAAAUGCAGACUUGAAGAUAUUUGUGGGAAUUUUUUAUGGCAACUUAUGGACUACAGUAGAAGCAUACUAAUCAAUUACCGUAUUUUUUGCUCUAUAAGACUCACCUUUUCCAUCCUAAAAAGUAAGGGGAAAUGUGUGUGCGUCUUAUGGAGCGAAUGCAGGCUGAGUAGCUAUCCCAGAAGCCAGAACAGCAAGAGGGAUUGCUUUCACUGCGCAGCGAUCCCUCUUGCUGUUCUGGCUUCUGAGAUUCAGAAUAUUUUUUUUCUUGUUUUCCUCCUCCAAAAACUAUGUGCGUCUUGUGGUCUGGUGCGUCUUAUAGAGCGAAAAAUACGGUAACUGCAUUAUUGGAAUUCUUUUCCAGAGUUUGUGA